UCUUUUAUUUUCAUAUUCUAUGACUUGAGGCACACUAGGUCAUACAAGUGAACAAAUGGUAACACUUUAGGGCACUGGUCAUAUUUGCACAUGAAACUUGCAUAAGUCUUUCACUAACACUGAUAUAAGGAAACAUACAAAACAAAGAGUCAUUCUAACUUGACUUAUGGAUUGUUUUAAACUUGGGAGUGAAAUCCUAUAUCAAAUAGCACACAUUGGCAUAGUGUACUGUAGUUACAAUAAAGAAAACUGCAAUGAAGAUGCCCAGUAAUGACCGUUCUUAAUUAUAGUGUGUAACAUACAUUUAAAUAUAACGUUUUAAUGCCUUGCAUGCCAUCUCACUCCAGUAAAGAUAUUACGUCCACAUUGGUGUUUUUGUUCAUAUCUAUGCAUUCUUAAGGCAUGUAGCUGUGGGGAGAUCCAGUACUCUAACCCAAAAUAAUUUUUCUUUAUUCCUGUAUUUUUAUCUUACUAUCUGUGUCAUUGUUUACUGUCUGUCUUAUUUUCUAUUUUUCUUCUAUUUUAAACAAUCUGCAGUUUAAAAAAAAAAAGUCGACCUCAGCGUCGACGCAAUCAACACCGGAAGUCAUCGUGGUGUCAACAACAAGGUUGAACAAUCUGUCGAUCUGAGUGUAGUUAUUCCGUGGGCGCUCAAAUACUCACGCAGAGUAGGCCUAUCCAUCAUCGGAGACUCAUCUGGCAUAAACAUGAACGAGAACCUUCGUGUUUUCCAGACGCAGUUCGCAUCGAUAAUGGAGAUUCUUUUGAGUGCAGCAAUGGCUGAAACAGCUAAACUCUACGAGUCUUGUGUGCUGGAGAUCCGUGCCGAGAUCAGCCGGGUCCAGGCAGAGAACAACACACUGAAAUGUCACAUCAUUCAAACAUCGGAGCCUGCAGGAUGCUACACGGAGCAAAGCGAAGAAUGGAUCCCAGAAAAUCGGCAUUUUGUUGGAAGGCCAGUGGCGACCAGUGGAACAACAGAGUCUUGCUCCAGUCUUGCUGAAGUCAUCCCGCAGAAGCAGCCAGGGCGCCAGGAGGAGCAGGCGGGGAGCCAGGAGGAAGCCCCGUUCAUUAAAGAGGAGGCUUCUGACUCGGAGGAACUCAAAGCAAUGUGCCAAAUGUUACCUACGGUACACACACCAGCUCAAAUGAAGAUGACAGCUGACCAGAACACGGAGUGGACGCCUCUACCAAACGAGAUCAAACUGGAAUCAUCGCCCCAUCCCGUCACCAUGGAAAUGAGGAUAGUGUCGCUGGAACAGAGCAGUCUUCAAGUCUUCCAUGAAGCACAUGCUUCAGCAGGCCCAUCUGAUCGCGCUCACUCUGCUGGCCAGCAUCACACGGGUAGUCAUGGCAACCCUCGGGCCACAUGCAUGGCCCCUCCUCCCGCUGUGAAUGCACUCACAGUGGAUAUUUCAACACGCCACUUUCACCAUCAAAGUGAGGAGGACAGUAGUUAUAGCACAACCUUGCCUUCAUCCAACAGACCAGCACACACACCUUCUACCUUUAACGGAAACACUACAAAAACAUCCCAGAAGACAGUGCCUGUACGACACCUCCCCACAAGCCCUUUGCCCGGGAGCGGCCUACACCGCUGUAAGGUCUGUGGGAAGACGUUUCACAGCCGACGAGGUCUCUGCGGGCACCAGCAGGUGCACCAGGGCGAGAGAACCCACCAGUGCUCUCAGUGUGGCAAGAGCUUCCUGUACCAGUCCAGCCUGAUGCACCACCUGAGGAGCCACGCGGGCACAGACGGCGGGUACAGCUGCACCUUCUGCCAACGCAAGUUCAUCUCCAAAGCCAACCUGAGCAUCCACCUUGUGACACACACGAAAGAGCACCCCUUCCAGUGCAGUGUGUGUGGUCUUACCUUCGGGAGCCGGGCGGUGUUACACGCACAUCUGAAGAGCCAUUCUGGGGAGCCGCGCUACACGUGCUCCCACUGCGGGAAGAAGUUCUUGGACCUUGGCAAUUUCUCUCGGCACAAGCGCAUCCACACGGGAGAGAGGCCGUACAGCUGCGAGGUGUGUGGCAAGGCCUUCAUCCAGUCGGCUCAUCUGAAGAAGCACAUCCUCACACACAGAUGAGGUUAAAUAAACACACAUAGCUCACACUGACAACCUGAAGUCCACACUUCUAUGAUCAUACACUUAAGUUAUUUUUGUAGUCCCUACGACAAAAUACACUGACUUCAAAGAGCGCUACGGUUUUCUAAGGCCACUUAAUAACGAAAGUCAUUUUUAUUACGAAACACACAAUUGUCUCAGAACUGUAAAUAGAGCUCUAUUUUGCAUAACUGUGGACUGUGAUGAGUUUUUCUAUAUUGUUAUUUGGAACUAGGCCAUUUGUUUGCCAGUGUAUUAAACCGAAGAAAAACUGUAA